GUCGGUCGGUCAGCGCGGUCGCCUGCUUCUCGCGCCUCCGCGCGUCACGCUGGAGGCGCUUCGGUGCGUGAGGCGGGCAGCCGGGCGCGCGCCUUGCAGUGUGAGCUGAGCUGGUCUUCAACGGGCGCUUCGCGUUCGUCCCCUUUUUUAAACGGUCUCCAGUGACCUUUUUAUAACUUUUUUUAGCGGGCCUCUGUUGUAGUUCCUGGAUUGUUGUAAACGACGUGCAGCUGAGUGCAGUACGAGCGGCUCGGUUCUGUUUUUUGGGGGGGGGAGAAGACGAAAACUCAACGGAACGGCGCCGCCGCCGCCGCCUUCGGUCCCUCCGCGUCCUCGCGGUCUUGGCUCGGCAACGUGAGCGUUUUCCACCCUGUAUUGUUUUCCACCGCUUUGUGGGCCGCCCCGCGCCUGGCUUGAAGCGGGAGGGAAAUCGCGGUGUUUUCACACUUUUGUCCACUGACUUGGCAGUUUUGUUUUUUUCUUUUUUUUUUUUUCUAGCCACGUCGUGGCACAAAAAAAGUAGCGCGCGGGGCUCGAGCCUCGGGUCCGAAAAGAGUGUAAAACAGCGCAAAAAAAAAAAAAACCACUUUUUUAAUUUAUUUUUUUUCUCCUGCACGGAGCCCAGGGAGAACAGCACAAGAAGUUCCAGCCCUGACUCAAACACAACCGUUAUGACAACAUGGUGUUUUCAAGCAAGCAGGCGAUGAGCACCUGAGGGUCACAGCCCCACAUGCGUCCUACAUCUGCCCGGAGGGUGCCAAUGUCAGUAUGGAAUGCAUCUCCGAGGGUUCACUUCUACAGGCCCAUGACCACCUGCGGCAGGUGUGGCUCUUCACGGAGCAUCAGAACGAGCACUGCCGUGCGAAAGUGCACCCGCGCGCCGGAACCGACCAUUCCUCCACCAUCACAUAUGGCUUCAAGGGAUCCACGUUCUUCCUGACGCUGCAGAAUGUGACGCGUGCGGACCAGGGCCGCUACUGCUGCUUUGGUCUGGACAUCGAGGGAGGAGAGCAUCAACACAGGGUCAUGCAGAAGCCACACAGCCAUGUGUUGUUGACCAUCACACCACGGCACAAUAGAUCUUCAAAAUGUGCCGUACUGGACCAGAAGCCCUCUGAAGGCACUGUGGCAGCUGGCUUAGCAACAGCAGGGUGCAUCAUGGGUAUCAUCUCCUUACCACUCAUUCUGCUACUGGUGUACAAGCAGAGGCAAAUGGCCCAGUCCAGUCGACGUGCGCACGAAAUGGUGAGAAUGGACAGUGAGGCUCAGGGUCACGAGAAUCCAGUGUACUUGGGAGACGGCCCCCAGUCAAAGCCACGCACCGUGUCCCAGAUUCUGACCAGGCAGUCCUCCGAGACGGGGCGACACCUGCUCUCGGACCCUGGAACACCCCUGUCUCCCCCUGGCCAGGGGGAUGUCUUCUUCCCAGCGCACGAACCCAUUCCAGAAUCCCCAGAUUUCAUGCAAGUUUAACUUGGACGCAUUCUCAGGUGCUCAGCUCACAUGUCGGACUCAAUCAUCCAGGGGAAGAGUUUACUUUUAAAAAAAAAAAAAAAAAAAAAAAAAAGAAAAAAAUUUCAUGCACGCUGUGUCACAUCUGAUACCACUUUGCUGUUGAACGUUUCUUUGGACAUUUGGAGGGGGGAGAUGGAAAAAAAAUCUGUAUCAAAUGGAACACGUUUUUCAAUAGCUGAAUUACAGUUUGGGUUGCUGUGUGCGUGGCGAUGUCACCGUCCACAGCACGAGUGCAGGCUUUGGAUGGACUGCUCAUAAGGCAUUCGCAAAAACAUCUCAUGUGUCAGUGAGGUUGCUGUUGCCAAAGAAGAAUCCACCUACAGCUCGCAAAGCUUCAUGGGGAUGAAUAUUAUUGGAGCAAAAUACUGAAAAAAGCUAUUUAUCCACAAGUCAUGUGUGAGAGAUCAUGUGCACGUUACCCCGAAAUUAUUUCCUGUUGUCGUUAUGGCUACAGGUCCGCGUCUUGAUGGUUUGACAGUGUGCUGGAGGUCCAUUUUGCACUUAAGAGGAUGAGGGACACAUAUUUAAGGCCUUUAAUAGGUGUUCUGGUCUUAUCGUACAUGCUGCAGCCUUGUUGAAGCUGAUCACCCUAAACUCUCCUGUUUUCUACUCCUCAUCAAUAUUAAUCCUCUCCUAAAUCAUCCUUUUCCCUGCCUCAUUUCUCUCUCUGUCCUUUGCUCAGUCCACUGCUACUCCCACUCCCAACCAACAGUCUUCCUGACUCUUUUUCUUACAAAUCAGGGUUUGGCUGUAGAACAGCAGUCUGUGGUAAGAAGGUCCAACAACAUACAUGACUUCGCAGUCCUUGCAGCUGGAUCUUUAAAUUGACAGUAAACUGGUGAGCUGCUCUCCAGUAAAUGCAGCUGGAGUGUGUUUUGUCACUCGGAGCUGUUUUUAAGUGAUGCAGUAGUUGGGCUAUGCCUCUGUCGCCCUGUCAGUCGGUGCCAGUUUGAAACUCUGAUGCACUGGCUUUUACCAUGCUUCCAACAGAUACACAUUCACUUUUUCUACCACUGCCCAAAAGACCUAAUGUUUCUUUUGUAUAUCUUUGUUAAAAUUUGCAUACAUUUUUGUAUUAUUUUGUCAUAUAAACAUAGUAGCUUUUAUAUAUACAUUUGUUUAUAUUUUGAUAUUUUUAUGACUUUGAUCCCGUUUUAAAAUGUCUUGUACAUUUUGUGUAAACCAGCUGUAUGUGUGUGAAACGGGAAGACGCAUAUAAUGGCAUGUGUGGGAGACAAGUUGGUUUCCAGGAAGUCUCUAAAAAAUAUGUGUGUCACCGAGGUUAAAUAAUGUCUAGACUGAUGCUGAAGAAAAAGGAGGGACAGUGCCAAGUCUUGAUGGCCACAGGGUCUUCUAGUUUUUGUUCCAACUAAGCUCUUCUCGCGAAGUAGCCGAUUACAGGCAGUCCCUGGGUUAUGAACGUCCGACUUACGUACAACCUGUACUUAUGAACCACCCCCUGUAAAGCCUGUUAUAUUAAAAAUUCUAGUUACAUACAAUGGUUUGUAAUAAGAAGCGGCCGCUACUUUGCGACACUCAUCAAAACAUUACGCGUCUACAGUGGUUUGUGGGCUCAUGAGUCCGAGGUAGGAUAAAGACUGCGUUCUUUUCAGUUGGACCAUGUCGCUGUUAACAGUGUCAUUUGUGUUACUGUAUUUGGCUUUAAUUUUUUUUUUACCCUCAUAACCAAAGUGUAAAUGUGAUAAAUGAUGGUGACGCACUAAAGAGAAGGAGAAUGAUUGAAAGUGAAGUGAAAAUAGUGAUUGGAAAAAGGUGAAAUGCCAGCGAUCAUUGAGAAAUCAUUAGGCUACAGUCGGUCAAUGAGCGAGACAAUUUUAAAAGACAAAGCGAAAAUAAUGGAGCAUGUAAAAGGCUCUUCCAAUGACAUCUACAAUGAUCCGAUUUAACGUACAAACUAGAGUUAGACACUCCUAGGAACGGAAUUUGCUCGUAAUCCAGGGACUGCCUGUAACUGAAAUAACGAGGAAACUGUACAUUUCAAGCACUGCCUUAUCUUUUUAUUCACUAAAUGUACCAAACACCUACAAGUUCUGCAGACUUUCUAACUUGUCCUCACCUAGGGAAACUGCUUUGUUGGUAUGCAAAUUGUGCGACUGAUUCAAUGAACAGCUCAGUCAAGGCAAUUAACUAAGUGUGCUGUUGGAACAAACACCAGCUCGUACCCUCUCUGGCCGUUAAAGUCUGGUUUCAGUCAUCGGUGGAAUAGUGUGUAUGUUGGUGAAAAGGUUUCCUUACAGUCGUGGGUGUAUUGGAGAAUCUAUAGGAAUAGGCAUACGGUGCGUCAGUCGUACGGGUGGGUAACUGAAGUUUAAGCAUAUUACCUAACUUGCUGUGCAAUACUGUUUACGAAUACAUGUGCUAUGUGUAAAUAUGUAGUGCCUUUCUGCAUGAGAAAAUUCUCAGUUAUACUCAUGCAAUAUGUGUAUUACCAAAUCAGAACUGAAAUGGAUCUUGGCUACUGAAACUGUGGUAGAAUGCAAGGUUCUGUGUGUGUGUGUGUGUGAGAGAAUUAAUGCUAGUAAACUUAUGGCUGUAUGUAAUUGUUAAACGCUCAGGUGAAUGGCAAUCUGUGAAGGGUAUUGAAAGUUUCUACAAUAAACUCUACUUCUGUUA